UGGAGGACCUGGGGGCAGCGAUCGAUGGCGAAAAUGGUCGGGCCUCGAGUUUACAGCUGCAGUCAUUGCGGAAACCAUGUCUGCCUUCAUGACGAUAUCAUAUCGAAGGCUUUCCAGGGGAGAAAUGGGCAUGCAUUUCUCUUUUCUCAUGCCAUGAACAUUGUUAUGGGGCCAAAGGAAGACAGGCAGCUAAUGACAGGACUGCAUACAGUUGCUGAUAUAUACUGCCGUGAUUGUGGUGAGGUGUUGGGAUGGAAGUAUGAAAGAGCUUACGAAGAGACACAGAAGUAUAAGGAAGGGAAGUUCGUGUUUGAGAAGCUAAGAAUCAUCAAGGAGAACUGGUAGUAAGAGUUUAAAUGGAUGAUGUGUUGGUGAAGCUUCUGAUGUGAGUUCCCUGUCUGCAUAAGACGGUUGUCUCUGCGAUCUGAAUCCUCUGAUAGAGCCAUAUAUUCUUGUGCAUAGAAAUGUCGCCUAAUUGACGAUUGUUGAACUUUAUAUAAAUACCAGACUUGUGGUCUCGGAGAUGUCGGUCCUGCCACCAUGAAAACAAUUGCUUAUCGGUUAGGCAUAUGCGUUUAAGUAAUGUUUCAUGAUUUAUUUUGCUGCAAUCUGCCUAACAAUGAGCUUUAGCUUCAUAUAGUUUAGCUGCUUAACUAGUCUCAAUUGUCACUUUAUUAUAUUUGAUUUGGAGCGGUGUGCAUUAUAGUCAAAAGAUAAAAUAACUAUGCCUCUCUGAACAAUAAUAAUUUGAGUUGGGAUGUCUCUCUUCAACAAUUAGUUGAUUAAUAGAUCAAAGGAGAAAACACCCUCACCAGUCACCAAAACACGCAUAAAAUGGUCUAAGAUCGUAUCGACAUGUUGCAUGAUACUUGGAAGGGUUGGAAUCAAAUGCUAACAAGAUGUUUUAGUCAAGGUCUAGUUUUGAUAAGUUGCAUCUUUUGGCUAUUGCUCUUGACAUCUGGUGAACUCCCUGCAGCAGCUAUUGUUAAAGUACAAUUCCUUUCUUUCUUCCAGUUUAGCUUGAAAUUGAUUGACUGUUGACUAUCAUCUUCUUCCUAUGUGCCCUAUGGAAGUUAUAUAACUCAUUCCUUGAAUUUGUUGAAUUCCAGGAAGUUGAUGCACCAUGGUAAUGCAAAUUCCAAGUCUUUGGUAACCUAAGCGUUAAUUUAGCUGAUACUUAGCUUUUUUAUGACUGACUAUGAAUGCUUCUUUUUUCUUUUUGUAAGACUAGGAGUGUGUCCUUGUUAUCUUGCUUUGGUAAUAUCUGAUCUCACAAUGAUGCACUUGUGUCAGCUCCUUUUUCUACUCCAAGUUGUCAUCUAUUCUCUUUUGCUCUUCAUGGGGAGAUUAAGAUAAAAAGUUAGAAGUGAAAAAAUGUUUAUUGAACAUCAACUGCUGUAGAAACCAAAUAUGAUCUACAGUCUUGUAACACCAACUUCUCCAUGGCAUGGUGAAAUUAUUUUUAAUCUCAGAACAAGAAACUAUUAAGUGUACUCAGAUUACAAUUCACUUUAUAGCAAAAGAAAGGUAUAUUUUCUUUAAUGUUGUUUAAGACAGUCUAGCAUUAAAAUCUUUGCAUUCUCUGGAAUAGACUGUAUACACAUAUCUGGUUAUAGAUUUCCACCUCAGUUCUCAAUCUUAUCAAGAAGCUAUAAUUGCAAUAGUUUGCUUAGGGCUUGAGGAGAAUUUAUUAUUUAUUUGGAGGUGAAACUCUCCAGUGAUUGUAUUCUUAAUAGAAACUCAAGUGUUACUGUACUAAUAGAUAUUUAUUCCAAAACAUUAAGCUCUAUAUAAAUUCUUUUCUUACAUAAUCUUUUCAGGAUUGGCCUAUCAAAUUCUCUUGGAUGUCUGUAGAUUUACUCUUAUCUUUUCUUGCUCUUGAUCUCAUUAUGAAAAAGUGUAUCUUGUUACUAACUUUGAUUUGGCAAAUUUAUGGCUUAGUGGGAGGUGCAUCAUGCUUAAGCUUGUGAUUAGUAUUGAUUUCCCAACCAUAUUAUUUUGCUUUUGAAGCAAAAUUUUCACUGCUAUUAGGUUGCAGGAUUGUCAUUAGUACAUAUGUCAAAUAUUAAAGAAAAUUAAUAAUAUAUCCCUGCGCGUCAAGAGUCUAUUGCAACAUUGGUCGCCCGCGUGACGGUGGCUCCACAGCGGAUCCCAACUCUUGCUUCCAUGCAACGGUCGUGGAGAGGCGGCACGUGCGAGUCACGCCGCGCGAGGAAGCCGGGUGCAACAGUCACGGCAACGGUCAUAUUGGCAAAAGGCGUUAUGAUUACCACCACUCGCAACGGUCGGAAUCGAACCCCGCCUUCCUCUCCGUCCGAUCCACAUCGGGCGGUCGCCCGUCGUCAAGCCGACAGUGCCGGGAAUCCCACUUUGGCAGCUGUUGGCGUUUUUUCCAUGGAACGGUGAGUCCGUCGCACACUCACUCGCCCGGCACAGUAGCGGAGCAGCGGCGGAGGUGGAGGAGGAGGAGGAGGAGGAGAAGAAGAAGAAGAACACACAGAAUAAUCUUUGAUUUCGUUGCUUCUUUAAUCUUCCUCAUGUUUUCCAAAUACACCUGAAUUCGAAGUCGGCCUUCUACAUUUUUCUCUUCUCCUCUUUGUUUUUGGGUUUGGUUUCUGGAAUCAUGGAGGUCGCGGAGAUAUCUGGUGAUGCCUCAGAGGUUCCCAUGGCUACCGGGGAAUCCGCACGAGCUUCGCUGUGGGACGUCCAUGGCUCUGUGCUUGGCUCCUCCCGCUAAUGUUUUGGGAUCAAGAUUUGUUCUUCUAACCAUUCUUUGAUUCUUUUUGACUUGGCUUUCAAAUCUCUCCUCCACUCUUUCUCUCUGUUCUCGAAUAAAAAAAAUCGCCUUUUUUACUAAUUUUUUGAAGCAAUUAGGCGGCACACACAGCACGAUAGGAAGAAUUUGCAUCGUUUUAUCUGAGUAAGAAGCAGAGUUGGACGAGGAGUAGAGGAUGUUGGCUGGGUGCUCAUCGACGCUGCUGUCGCCGAGGCACAAGUUGAGGAUCGACGCUUCCGUGCAGUUGCAAGCCUGCCAUUUCCAGUUACAGGAGAAGCAUUGCCCUCCGCAGCAGCAGAAGAUGGGUACCCAGCGACUCGACCUGCCCUGUGGCUUUGCCUCCCGGAAGGAUCCCCUGAGGGUGGCGCUGUCGGUGGAGAAGCCCACGGCGGAGGCUCGGGGUACCAGCUGCUCCUUUAGGCGGAACCCGGUGACACACUCUUCAUCGUCAUCCAUGGUGGCUCGGACGUCCUCGUGGGGAGGAACCGGAGAGAUCGAUGGAGGCCACGGCGGACCUUGGGAGCGGCGGAGGAGCUCGAAGAGAUUCCAUGAGAGGGGUUCGUGCGACGACUACCGAGCCAAGAGGACGAGGACCGGCGGCAUAGCGGGAUUGGUCGACGUCGAGGGCGAGGUAUGGCUCCCUCAGUCCACCCAGGAGCCUCCAUUGGUGGAAGGGGAGAAGGUGUUCCUCGUGCCCACAGCAGCAAGCUUUCCGCUUCCGUCGUCCUCGAGCCAUACUUUGGUAGGAGGAUCCUCCGGCCCCGACAAUGAUUUGAGCACAGGUGAAAAUCCAAACGGCAAGUCCCAGUCUGAUUCGAGUUCGUCGUCGUCGUCCGCAUACGUUUCUUCUCCGGAGCCAACAAAGGAUUCUUCUGGCAAUACAGCAUCGAACGGGUCUCGGAUCCCUUGUUCUUCCGGUGUUGCUGACGCAGGCGGCGACGGAGAUGGCAGCUUGACGGAGCAGCAGGGUCUCGAGCUCGUGCGCUUGCUCACGUCGUGUGCGGAGUCCAUUAGCACAGGAAACUACGAAGCCAUGAACUUUUUCUUGGCCAGGCUCGGAGAGAUGGCCACCCCACAGGGAACCCCCAUUCACCGGGUGGUCGCCUACUACACCGAGGCCUUGGCACUCAGAGUCGCAAGGCUCCGCCCUCACAUGUUCUCUGUUGCUCCACCAAGGAGCCUCCUCGACCCGACCGAGGACGACAAUGCUAUAGCGCUGCGGCUCCUCGAUUGUGUUAGUCCCAUUCCCAAAUUUCUCCACUUCACACUGAACGAGAGGUUGCUGAAGGCAUUGGAAGGAAGAGACAGAGUGCACAUCAUAGACUUCAACAUCAAGCAAGGCCUGCAGUGGCCGAGCUUGUUUCAGAGCUUGGCUUCUCGGCGGCCUAAUCCUCCGAGCCACGUCCGGAUCACCGGGGUCGGCGAAUCUAGACAGGACCUCCAGGACACAGGAAUUAGGCUUGCGAGGCUCGCGGAGUCGUUCAACCUUGCGUUCGAGUUCCAUGCAGUCGUGGACAGGUUGGAAGAUGUGAGGCUUUGGAUGCUUCAUGUGAAGAGGGAGGAGUGCCUCGCGGUGAACUGUGUUCUGACGAUGCACAAGGCACUCUACGACGAGAGCGGAAAGGCUUUCAUGGAUCUGUUGGAUCUGAUAAGGAGCACACACCCAGAGAUCGUCGUCAUGGCAGAACAAGAAGCAAAGCACAACGAGCCUAACUGGGAGACAAGGUUGGCCAGAUCACUAAGCUACUACGCGGCCAUCUUCGAUUCCAUGGAUGAUGCCCUGCCCAAGGACAGCCAGGCCAGGAUCAAGGUUGAAGAAGUGUUCGCCAAAGAGAUCAGAAACAUAGUUGCUUGUGAAGGGGAUGAGAGAACCGAGAGACACGAGGGCUUCGACGGGUGGAGCAAGCUGAUGGAGGAUGGUGGGUUCAGAUGCCUGGGAAUUGGAGAAAGGGAGAUGCUGCAGAGUCGCAUGAUCCUGAGGAUGUACUCCUGUGAGAAGUACAGCAUAGAGAAGCAAGGGGAAGGUGAUGGACUCACUCUCAUGUGGUUAGAUCAGCCUCUGUACACGGUCUCUGCAUGGGCUCCCAGAGAUGUUGCAGGCAGCUCCUCCAUGUCUCAGCCAAGCUAGUUGGUGGUUUCUGCAUCACUCUCAUAUGGAUUCUUUAUACACUUCCAGACAUGAACAGGUCCAUUCUUUACCAUUCACACAACAUAGACAUUCUUUAUUUGCUUUUCUUCUUUUGCAAUUCUUUGAUUCUUUUGUGGCUGAGGCUCCCCAUAUAUGUUGCAGAAGUUCAAAAUGAUUGUAAUUUAGGUCCUCAGCAGAUUACCUUAUAGUUGCUUCCAUUAGAAUUUGAGGAUAGGUAUAGUAUUCUUUGAUUAUUUCCUCUAGUGUAGCUGCAGAAGCACAAUACAUCAUUCUUGUCAUUGCUUCAUGUUGAUGGUAGUAACAGUUAUAAAUGGAUAGUAAUUGUUUC